AAAAAAAAUACAAAUAAAUAAAUAAGGCAGAAACCAAGUCGAGAUAAAGUCCCCCCUUAAUUCAGUUGAUAUUCGCCUGCCGGCAGCAGCAGAAGCAACUUUGAAGCUCGAUUCAGGGGGGAAUGUGUCUGUGUUUUGCCUGCUUCGGUUUCGAUUUUUGUUUUGUGUGCGUGCGUGUGUGAGUGUGUGUGUGUAUUUAACUGUGCGCACAAGACUUCGAUUUAGAAUAUUAAACGCAAUAAGUUUUUAUUUAAUUAGUACGUGUGUGUAAAUUAAAGCCAACUUUACAAAGCGGGCAGCACAAAACCAAUAAAAGUGUCGUCGCUGCUGCAACAAAACUUCCAUUCAACUAUGUAUUCGAAAAUCUUUCGGGCUGUGAUAAUCGGCGCUCCCGGUUCUGGCAAGGGCACCAUUUCGGAACGCAUUGUCAACACCUUUGGCUUUCUACACAUUUCCUCGGGCGAUAUUUUGCGCCAGAAUAUUAUCAACAACACGGAGCUGGGAAGGAAGGCACAACGCUAUAUUGCCUCCGGGCAGCUGGUGCCCGAUGAGAUAGUAACAAAGACAAUGCUGGGACGCAUUACGGAAGUGGGCAACAAAUCGUAUAUUUUGGAUGGAUUUCCACGCAACAGUGCCCAGGCGGAAAUACUGUCGGCUCGUGAGCAAAUUGAUGCUGUCAUCGAUUUAAACAUUCCGCAUGAUGUAAUUAUAGAGCGUGUGAAAAAUCGCUGGAUACAUGCACCCUCGGGUCGUGUCUAUAACAUUGGAUUCAAUGAUCCCAAGGUGCCGGGCAAGGAUGACAAGACGGGCGAACCGCUAACCCAACGUGAAGACGACAAGCCCGAGGUGGUGGCCAAGCGCUUAGAGCUCUACGAUGAGCUUAUGCGUCCAGUGCUGGCCUGGUAUGGUAAGCGUGGUCUGGUGACCAGCUUCAAGGGUCGCAAGACAAACGAAAUUUGGCCACGUGUCGAAGUUUUUCUUAAGGAAAAGGCCAACAAAUAAAAUAGUUAAUAUGUCUACUUAAACUACAUAAAGAUAUGUACGUUAUGUGUAAAUGCACAAGCUGCUGCAGCUAAAACAGACGAAGGUCGAUGAGAUGUGUUCAAUUAUGACAAAUAAUUCAAUGGUCUGGGAGACUUUGGGGGUACAAUUAAUGGCAACUAAUCAAAUGUAAUUGCGAAGCCUUACAAACUACUACAAGCGAUAUACGAGAUAACAAUAAAAAAACAAUUUUUUAAGCAAGUAGGAAAUAAAUUGUAUUGUUUAACGCUUACUGCUACUCAAAUAAAACUUUGAACUCAA